UUCAAUCUAUCGAGUUUUUUCGAUCUUCUUGAGAAAAUGGGUUCGAGCAGAUUUUUUAUGUUGUGUUUCAUAGCGGGUUUGGUUUCGUUUUCGAUGAAUGUUGAUGCGCAUGAACCAAAAGAGUUUUUGGUUGGUGGAAAAGAGAACUCGUGGCGUAUCCCAACAACUCCUAAUGUGUUAAAUGAAUGGGCUGAAAAACAGCGGUUUAAAGUCGGAGAUGUGCUAGUGUUUAAAUACGAUUCGAAGACGGAUUCAGUGUUGAUUGUGGAGGAAGGAGACUAUAAAAAAUGUAACAAGAUGAAGCCGAUCCAGCAAUACAACGACGGCAUCACCAGGAUUAAGAUUGUCGAAUCGGGAGCAUUCUUCUUCAUUAGCGGCGCUAAUGGACAUUGUGAGAAGGGUGAAAAACUCGAGGUUAAGGUUUUGUCUCACAAACAUAGCUCUCCCCCGCCGUCUCUACCUCCUAAAAGUUCGCCGAGUAUGGUUCCUCCACCCGCACAAACUCCAGCCGAAUCUCCAAACUCUAGCGCGGUCGCACCAAAUGUCAGGAUCAUUGGUGUUUCCACCAUGAUUAUGGCUAUUUGGACUUGUUUUAUGAUUGUUUUUUAAGUUCUUGAUGUUUUUAUGGGUUUGGUUAGACUUUGCAUAAAUUAUGUUGGUUUUGUUUAAAGACUUAUUGUC